AUGGGGAAUAUCGGUAGCUGGAUCGGUAAUGUGACAUAUCUGGACAUACUCGUGAUGCGGAACAAUUAUUUAGAGGGUCGGUUCGAGUGUGAAGCCGUUUCGCGUUCUUUGUAUUAUUUAGACCUGUCUCAUAAUCACUUUUCCGGUCCAUUGCCUAUAUGCUCUCGGUUGCAGUAUUUACACUUACAAGGGAACAGAUUCAAUGGAUCAAUAUCAGAUGCGUUUCUCAACACUUCACAACUUUUGGUGUUGAACCUCAAAGAUAACGACCUUUCCGGGAACGUUCCCGAUAUGAUCGGCUCGCUGAGUAGCUUGAGGGUUCUGCUGUUGAGCCAGAAUCGCCUGACCGGUUUGAUUCCAGAGGAAUUAUGUCGAUUGAAACAAAUAAGCAUGAUGGAUCUUUCCAUCAACUCCUUCUUCGGGUCAAUUCCCUCCUGUUUCCGGAUAUCGGCUUCGGAAAGAUCGAGCCUCGGUAUUUCGAUAUUUCACAUGAAAAAGUUUCUAAUGAAUGGGAUUACACCACAUAUUUCAGAUAUGGAACUUUAA